AUGAAAAUUAGUCAAAAUAAAAAUGAUUUCAAACAUAAUCCCGGUACCAUAGAUCAAAUACUUGCACCUGAAUAUUUUUAUAUUAUUUUUAGGUACCUCGUAAACAACAAAAAUUUACAUUCCUGCCUUUUGGUCAAUAAAUAUUGGGCUUCUUGUGCCGUACCAAUUUUAUGGGAAUCUCCUUUCAAUAUCAAUGAUAAAUUUAUUCCGUCACCCAAAGUAAUUCGGACCUAUCUCACAUUUAUAGCGGUUGAGAAUUUUUACACUAGCUCAACGAUUAAAAGGCCGCUUUACGAUUAUCCAUCAUUUCUCAAAGAACUUCCAUUUGAUCGAUUUCUUAAUGCUGCCAUUGCGAAUGGCUGCUCUGAGGCAAAAAUAAUUGAAUUAAUUAAAAUGUUUUCAACUUAUGCAGUAAAGUUUCACCGAUUUGAUCUCUAUAACAACCUAUCUUCAAAUUUUCAUGAUCAUAUGGCUUCUACGAUUCUUCCUCAGCUUUUUGAAUACUCUCUAAUGUUUAGGAACUUGUCACGCCUAAAUUAUACAUAUCAUUGGCCUGCUAAAAAAGAUCAAAUCUUCAAUGUAAUAGCAUAUAUCUGUCAUAAUAUUGAAAAUCUUAAAGCUACUGUUUGGAAUGAGGAUGAAGGAAUUGCAUUGGCAAAACUUGUGUGUGCUCAAAAACGGUUAAAAAAGUUCUCACUAUUAAAUAGCAAUAGCUUCGCAUCAUUUCCUGUUCAAUCUCUCGAAAGUCAAAUACAAUCACUUAAUA